CCAGCUUCAGCACUUGCUCUCGUGCUCUCUCCCCGUGUCUCACACGCUCCACAUCUCCCUCACGCACAGGAAGACAAAGAUAUGCCAGCGAGCCCCGCAUCACCUUGCAGGGAACAGCUAAUCCACUUCUCUGACACUCAGUACUUGGGGGCUUUUCAGUAACAGACGGAGCAUCAGCUUCAUUGCCCACAGCACUGGGCUCAGGUCAUCCUACUGGGUCUGAAUCAAAGCAUCUUCCACUCUUCUUCUGGAGCUAGCAGAAAAUCACCCACACCUUCUGCCGGCAGAUGGACAGAGGAGGAGGCGGCAGCCAGAACUCACUACCUUUCUAACCUGUUGAAGAGGCUGACCACACCUGCAGCAAGGGAGAUGUCAACAAGCCCAGCAGGCAAUGUCUCCUCAUCCUCUCUGGUCCUGGAGGAAGCCACUGUGCGCAGCACUGUAAAGAUCAUCACUGGAGUGAUCUUCAGCUUCAUCUUCCUAGCUGGGGUGACUGGGAAUGGGAUAGUGUUGUGGGUCACCGGCUGGAAGCUCCGCUGGACCUCCAACACCAUUUGGUUCUUCAACCUUGCCUUGGCCGACUUGGCUUCCACCUCCCUAAUCUUCGUCACAGUGUUGAACUUGGCCCUGGACCUGCACUGGCCCUUUGGCUCAGUGGCCUGCAAGGUGGCCAACUGCCUUUUUGGGCUGAGCGUGUGCAGCGGUGUCCUGCUACUCAGCUCCAUCAGCGUGGACCGCUGCGUGUUGGUGGUGGCCCCCGUCUGGUGCCAGAACUAUCGGACCCCACGCCUCACAUGGGGGACUUGCGGGCUCCUCUGGAUGAUCUCCCUCACCUUCUUCGUCCCCAGCUCUUACUUCUUCACUGAGAUCUCAGUGGAGAAGAAUAACCGGAGCUCCUGCAACAACCUGGACAUCUUCCAGGACUGGCAGGAAGCAGAAGUCCUCACCAUCUGCAUUUUUCUCUACCAGUUCCUCCUGCCCUUGCUGGUCAUCUCCAUCUCCUACACCAUCCUGGUGGUGACCAUGCACAAGAAGAAGCUCAACAAGUCCAGCAAGCCCUUCUUGGUGGUUACCAGGGUGGUCUUCUGCUUCUUCCUCUGCUGGCUGCCCUACCAUGCCCUGGCUCUGGCAAGGAUCUCUAUGGAUGCUGUUCCAGAUGCUGUGCACCUGGUGGCCAUCCCUCUUUCCAAGUGUCUGGCCUUGUUCAACAGCUGCAUCAACCCCUUGCUCUAUGUCUUUGUGGGGCAGGAGUUCAAGGAUGCAGUGAGGAGGUCCUUGCUGCAGGUCUUCAAGACAGCUUUUGAAGAGGCACCAGUGGCCACCAGUGUUUGAGAUAAGCAACUGCCAGUGUUGCAGAAACCAGAGAAGGCACUCUUCUUUUUAAAGUCACGAUAUCUCAACACAGUGCUCCAUUGACUGUGCAGCUGGAGACGAGAGGAUCCCUAAACACAGACCUGUGUAUACUGUGCAUUUAGAUACAACAUUCUGCAGCAAGGUCCCAUGCAGUGACAUUCUGCAGCCUAUAUUCAAUUCUGCAAAACUG